UCUUCCAAUUAAUUACGGAAACACAAAAUGGGUUGGUUAACUUUGUCUUGUCAAUUAAUUUUCUGUCUUCAGUUGUUGCUUUUGUAUUCUCAAACUUCCGCAAAACUUUGCUCUCAGGAUCAAAGUUUUGCACUACUACACUUCAAGCAACUCUUUUCCAUCGAAAACAGUCGUUCUUCUUCCAUCUGUGAUGAGUACAAGACGCAGUCUUAUCCAAAAAUUCACUCAUGGAAGGAGGAUAGUGAUUGCUGCUCGUGGGACGGAGUUGCAUGUGACACAGAGACCGGUCAUGUGAUUGGCCUCGACCUCAGUUGUAGCUGGCUUCUUGGCGACAUUCCUUCCAACAGCACUCUUUUUCACCUUUCUCACUUGCAAAGCCUAAACCUUUCUUAUAAUGAUUUCAAUUACUCCAAGAUUUCCCCUGGUUUUAGUCAAUUCCCUGAUUUGACAGUCCUUAGACUUUCCUCCUCCAACUUUUCUGGCCAACUUCCAUCAGAAAUCUCCCGUUUGUCUAAAUUAGUUUCGCUUGACCUUUCUAACAACCCUCAGGUGAGUCUUGGAACCCUUUCUUUGGAAGGGCUGGUUCACAAUCUGACCAAGUUGGAGGAAAUUUCACUUAAUUACAUAGACAUGUCUACCACACUACCUUCUUCGUUGACCAAUCUAUCUUCUUCUUUGACAUACAUGAGUCUCAUUGAUUGUAGAUUGCAAGGCUACUUUCCUGAUAGUAUCCUUCGCUUACCGAAUCUACAAAUCCUCUAUUUACAGUUGAACCGCAACUUAACAGGCAUCUUUCCGAAUGUUAACUGGACCAGUCCCAUUGAGAUUUUGGACGUAUCCAUCACGAGUUUUUCAGGAGAAUUACCCAACUCAAUCGGCGAUUUGAUGUCGUUGAGGUACUUGAGUCUCUUUCGUUGCAAAUUUGUUGGGUUAAUUCCCCCAUCACUUGGUAACCUUACACGACUUAACUUUUUGAGUCUUCCGGAAAACCAUUUUUAUGGCCACAUCCCAUAUUCUCUUUCAAAGCUUGGGCAGCUCGAUACUAUGGAUCUUUCAUCCAACAAUUUCACUGGUGAAAUUCCAUCUGAUAUUUUUGUCAACCUUACUCAACUUUCUUUUUCGUCUUUCCAAAGUAAUAAACUACUUGGUCCAAUCCCCUCUCAUGCUAAUAGACUUCAAAAGUUAGCUCAUAUUUCUUUCUUUGAUAACAUGCUCAACGGGUCUCUACCAUCUUGGCUAUUCAGUCUGCCACGGCCCACGGGUGGAAUAUAUAGACCUUGGUUACAAUCAACUAACCGGGCACAUCGUUCAAUUCCAAAGCCAUUUCUUAAGUUUCUUUUUUUGGAUCAAAAUAGGUUUCAUGGUUCAAUUCCAGUUCUACCACAUGACUUGAGAUCCUUUUUGAUCUCGAACAAUAAUUUGACCGGAGAGAUAUCUCAUUUGAUAUGCAAUAUGAGCUCAAUUGCAAUUCUUGAUCUUUAUAAUAACAGCUUGAGUGGCACCAUUCCAAAAUGCUUGGGAAACUUCAACAGUAGUCUUCAAGUGUUGGAUCUGCAAAAUAAUAUAAUUUAUGGAAGAAUUCCUGAUACAUUUUCAAAAGACAAUCAUUUGAGGAAACUUUCCAUCAACAACAAUUGGCUGGAAGGGUCUGUCCCACGAUCUUUGGUGAAUUGUACGAGGCUUGAAGUUUUCAACAUUGGAAACAACAACAUAAAGGAUACCUUCCCAUAUUUGUUGAGAAGUCUUCCAGAGUUGCAGGUUCUUGUUCUUCGUUCCAAUAAAUUUCACGGAUUUAUUCGAGUUUCUUCCGGCAAGGCCAAUCAUUCAUUUGGUAAGUUAAGAUUCUUUGAUAUUUCGAAUAAUAAUUUUAGUGGUCCUUUGCCUGCAAAGUAUUUUGAAAAUAUGAAAGCUAUGAUGAAUGUUGGUAAAGCUGGAAAGAAGUUGCGAUACUUGGGUGAUGGGUACUAUCAAGUUUCUGUGAUAGUAACUCUAAAAGGGUCCGAUUUUGAAAUGAUGAAAAUUCUCAAUCGGUUUACUAUGAUUGAUUUUUCAAACAAUAACUUCCAUGGAGAGAUUCCAAAACUAAUCGGAAAUCUUCAUGCACUUGAGCUUCUCAACCUUUCUCUCAAUAGUUUAACUCGUCAUAUCCCAUCAUCUUUCGGGAAAUUGACAGCUCUUGAGUCAUUAGACCUUUCUUCAAACAAGUUCGUCGGAGAAAUUCCACGUCAGUUGACAAAUUUGAACUUUCUUGAAGUUUUAAACUUGUCACAUAACCAUCUUACAGGUCCCAUACCUCAAAAUAAUCAAUUUAACACAUUCCCAAAUAAUUCGUAUAGUGGAAAUUUGGGAUUGUGUGGAUUUCCAUUGUCAAAGAAAUGUGGUGAUGACAGUGUGCCACAGCUCUUAGCAUCAGAAAAAAAUGACGUAGAGCCUGAAAAUGGAUUUGCUUGGCGAGUGGAAAACGUUAUAGAAAGCUGCGAAGGUCCAAUAACAAUCGAGGAGGAAGAAGAAGGUAGUGCAUGCAUGCAAGAGGUCUGUUGGAGAAUUCUGGUUCUGGUUAGGGUUUGGCCCGAAAUGUCGACGCGAAAUCGUUACCAGUCAGUUUCUUCGUCGUCAUCAUCAUCAUCAAUGGCCAGAAGGCUUCCAUCUACAACGGAAGAUUCCAUCAAGAAAAUUACUAUAUCGAAGCCGCAAUUGGCCAAGAAGCGACCGGCUCUCAGUGAUAUUACGAACCAGAAAAAUGGGUCUAAAGUCGGGUCGCGGGUCUUGGGGACCCUUCCUCCUAAGUCCAUUGUGCCAUGUUCAGCUAAGAUUGCCAAGAAAAAGGAAUCUUCUGCUCAUGCUUAUGAUAAAGGGCUCUCUGGAAAUACUUUGCCUGCAACCUCAAGUGUAUCUUGUAAUGAUAUAUUUUCCCCCAGUAGUGAUCAACCUACUUUUAGAGCCUUCUCUUCUCCAAAUAGCAGUUUCAUUAUCCUUCCUGCUCCUGAUAGUGCAGUUCUGGUACCCCGAAGCACAGAUGUUUCUCCAAGCAAAUCAGUUGUUGGUUCUGUUUCUUUGGAUGAGACCAUGUCUACUUGCGAUUCAUUGAGGAGUCCAGAAUUUGAAUAUAUAGAUAAUGAAGGUGAUUCAACAAUUAAAUCCAUUGAGAUGAGGACUCAUAGCUCUCUCAACAUUUCAGAUCAUGCUGAAAGAGAAGGGAUGUCUUGCAAGAGAGAUAUACUAGUGGAGAUUGAAUCGGUUGGUGAUUUUGAUGAUAUUGAUUACAAUGUCAAGGAUCCCCAAUUUUGUGCAACCAUUGCUUCUGACAUUUAUAAGCAUUUGCAUGCAUCUGAGGCAAAGAAACGGCCUUCAACGGAUUUCUUGGAAAGGGUUCAGAAAGACAUGAAUGCCAGCAUGCGUGCAAUAUUGAUUGAUUGGCUAGUGGAGGUUGCUGAAGAGUACAAACUUGUACCUGAGACUCUAUUUUUGACAGUCAACUAUGUAGAUCGUUAUCUUUCUGGCAAUGUAAUAAACCGGCAGAAGUUACAACUGCUUGGUGUUUCCUGCUUGAUGAUUGCAGCAAAAUAUGAGGAAAUAUGUGCUCCCCAGGUGGAAGAAUUCUGUUAUGUUACUGAUCAUACAUACUCCAAAGAGGAGGUUCUCCAAAUGGAAUCUGCGGUACUGAAUUACUUGAAGUUUGAAAUGACAGUCCCUACAGCUAAAUGUUUUCUGAGGCGCUUUGUCCAUGCUGCUCAAGGAAGUAAUGAGGUCUCAUCACUGCAGUUGGAGUGCUUGGCCAACUACAUAGUGGAAUUAUCCCUUUUGGAAUAUAAGAUGCUUUCAUAUGCCCCCUCAGUAGUAGCUGCAUCAGCUACUUUCUUGGCCAAUUUUAUUAUUUUUCCAUCCAAGAAACCUUGGAAUUCUACCCUGGGGCAUUACACACUUUACCAACCCCCAGAUUUGUGUGACUGUGUCAAGGCACUGCAUCGUCUCUUUUGUAAGGGUGGUCACCCUAAUUUGACUGCAAUCAGGGAGAAGUACAGUCAGCAUAAGGUGAGUUGA